GGGUUCGGGUGUCUAAGAAAAAUACAACACACACUUUUUUCCAGACAUUUAUUCCUAUCGCCAGAAGCAUUACAGAGAGGUGUCUACACUUAAACUACCCAGCCUCCGCUUAUGGUGGUUUUCCGCCAAAUCCACCCUUCCUCUAUUGAAAAAAAGUAUACAGUUAAUAUUACCUACCCAUAGAUGGCUUUAAAAAAAAAAUCGGUGUUCACCUUUUUGUGGAUCAUACUGUACAAGGUUUAUCGGCAUUGAUGAGGAAAAUGGAUUUGAUAAUAAGAAACCAGGAAAUCAUCAAAGCUACGCAGCGGGAACAUGGGCAACUGCUCGAUAUUGUACUUAAAAAUUCGUCACCUCCCGAGCCUGAAAUAAAAGACGCGCUGCGCCAGUUCGGGUUCAAAUUAAAAACAUUCUCUGACAUGACAAAGCUAGAAAGCAUUUUAGAAAAUGAUGUGGAACGUAGGACACUUAUAUCGUAUUUCAGCGGAAUUGGAGGUAGCCAAUCGAAUGUCGUUGGCAGAAUCCUCAGUCGUGCGAUGACAAACGAGCUGGCUAGCCAAUACUGCUACAAAAGACAAAACGAAGAAAAGCGUGCAUUCCAAAAUUUGGCCCUAUGUUCCGCUGUUAUCGAAUCCGUUCGCUGCCAAAAAAAAUUAUCCCUAACGGAAGACGCAAUUGAAUCUAAAAUUAAAAACUGGUUGCGACAUGCGCGGGCUAGAAAAGAUGGCAGCAGCAAUGAAGAUGAAUAAUUUUAUUACAUGUUUUUUGUGAUAAAAAAUGUGUCAUACACAAGA